CGCAAGACUGGGGGCACCUUGGAUACGUCAAAACACUGUUGUAGUGCAUACAGAAGGCAAACUAAGGAGUAAAUUUUUCUGUUGACAAACACAGAGAAUUCUCCAAAAUGCCUGUCACCUCGGCAUUGCAGCGUCCUGUAACGGAGCUGAUUGAUGAGCUGAAGGCCAAGAUCGCCCUCCUUGAGGGUGACCGAAAGGCUUACUAUGAAACCUCUCAGUAUGCAAUGAAAAAGAACAGAGAGAGUAUUCUCACGCUGCGCCGUGAAAACAAGGAAGUGAGGAAGAAGCUCAGUGAUUCGUUGUCGCAAGAUCAUCAUGUUAUCAACAAGGCAUUUGGAGAUCGUCCUGUAGAGAAAGCUGCCAUGAAAAAUAAAACAGGAAGGCAAGCCAUCACAAUCAUGGACCACAAAGUGUGUGACACAGUUAAGCGCCUCAACAGCCUGCGACACCAAACGGCCAGCAAGCAGAAGAGACUGGAGACGUUGCAGACAAAGUAUGAACAGAUGGUUCAGGACAGCUCUGAGGCCGUCGCUACAGACAAGGGCGAGUCUGCUGACGCUCAGACAAUGCGGUACUUGGAGAACAGCUAUGACAAGACUAGUCUAAAGAUUGAUGAGGCAAUCCAUCUAAAACGAAUAUAUGAAGACAUCAAGAAGAAGCUGGAAGUAGAAGCAGAGAAAUUUCCUUGUAUACUUGAUGCCAUGGAGGCAGAGAUCCGCGGCACAAGAAGUGAACUUAAAGAACUCAAGGCCAUGCAUGCUGAUGCCCAAAUCUCAAAGGAGGCUGCCCAGGCAGAAUUAGCCAAGAAUGAGAAAGUGGUCUACACGGAGAGAAAACAGCGUGAGAUAGAACUACAGAAAAUGAAGAAGGAAGCGGAGGACAAGAAGAUACAGCACGAGAGAAUUGAACGAAGAAUUGCCCAGAGAGGAUCCAUCCAGGCUGAUGAUAUUAACCCCCAGGAGAAGCAGGCCCUACAGGGUGAGGAACAACAACAGAAGAUCACAUCAUACGAGGAGGCCUUCCGACAAAUCAAGGAGGCUACUGGUGUAUCUGACACCAUGGAGGUAGUUCAUCGGUUUGAGAACCAGGGCAACACCACUAAACACCUGGAGGAUCUGAAGAGUCAGAAUGAGAAGUCUAUUACCAGGCUGAGUGAGGAGAAGAUGAAGCUUCAGGAUUUAUUUGAGGAGAUGAAAUACUCUGGGGAUGCUAAAUUAUCAAGAAAAGGGAGCCAUUACAUCAUUUAUGAAUUUGAAAUAUUAACCAACCUUUAUUUGGUGUGUGUCUAUAUAAAACACUACAAUUGGUUGAUUAACUGUUUGAUUUUUCCUCCAGAUGAAGAUGACAGCGGUGAUGAUGAUGGAGAAGUUCCUGGCCGCUCCGCGAUCAAGAAACAGUCACAAUUUAUUGUUGACUCAAAGACAAAACGACGAACCACAAAGAAGAAGAAGAAGAUGAAAUAAUAAGUGUUCAAGAUGGAUAUGGCCUGUGGAUGACUGACAUAGACAGACAACUACGGAUACGAGUAAAUUAUACCAAUACAGCUGUGUGUAUACAUCUGACUUAUACUGAACACUUACGUCGGAAGAAGUACCUUCAACAGUACGGAAUUAUAACAGAUAUAUUUUUGACUCCAAGACGAAACGACAAACGGGAAAGAUAAGGUAGACAUGACUUGUGGAUGACUGACGGCAGAUGACAACAGACACAACAAUCUUAUAUAGAUACAACUAAUUUAUACAGAUACAACAUACAACUAAUUCAUACAGAUACAACAUACAACUAAUUUAUACAGAUACAACAUACAACUAAUUUAUACAGAUACAACAAUCUUAUAUAGAUACAACUAAUUUAUACAGGUAAAACUAUCUUAUACCGAUACAACUGUGUCGAUACAACAGACUUAUACUGCAUAACCUUAUAUAGGAACAAGUACCCCAACAGUACAAAGUUACAACAGAUUUAAUUAUCAUUGAAAAAAGAAGGCUGAAAUAAUAACUGCAUACGAAAGACAUGACUUGUGGAUAACUGACAACUAUGGAUACACCUGAAUUAUACCAAUACAACUAAAUUGUAUUGAUACAAUUAACUUAUACCAGUACGAGUAUGUGAAUACAACUGCCUUAUACUCCACACUUAGAUAGGCAGACUUACCGACGACAUCUUCGUUGUUCAGCAUGUACUGGAUUGUCAGCAAUAACAACACUUUGGUUGCUGUGUACUGACUAGAUACAGCUGGAGAAAACUGUCCAAUAAAAGCCAAAUUAGUGCUGUAGUUAAUUGCCUUGUAAUAGUGUGAGAAUAUACUACGAUACACUGUAAACAUACAAGUUACAAUUGUUCUUCUAGACCCUUGUAUGUUAUUAUGUUGAAGUUACAAAUGAAUGACUUAAAAACUGUUAUAAUUAGCAUUCCUUAGAGUUCUUAUUAUACAUAUGUGUAUCAUGGUAAAAGAUUUCAUUUCUUGGCAAUGAAUACUACUACUGCUUGGCUAUUUAAUCAUGCCAGAUUUAAAAUUCUACAGUAAAAUUCAAAGUGUUAUCUGUUAUACAUAGAAAGUCUGGGUAAUUCAAAUAAACACAAUUUUAUCUAAA